AUGUCGCUCUCGCCCUCGCCCAACAAGUCCAAGUACCACAUGAGAAGGGCGCUCAAGCUCACGGCAGUUGCUUUGGUGGUGGUGCUCGUCUUCAGCUGGAGAUACGGCGGACAGUCGGCCCCCGUCCUCCACCCUGCCGCCGUGGAGAGUGGCGAAAGGAUCGAGGAAAAGGAACCUCUCGCGGCAGUCCACAUCUACGACAGACACGAGGAGGACGUAAGUGCGACAUCCCAGGUUAACGAGGGAAGUUGGGCUCCUUCUUACCGCGACGAGAACAGUAGCGGCAAUACACAGAGCAGCAUUCCGUCCUUGUUGGACUAUUACGAUGAAGACAAAAGCACGGAAGGAGGUUUGGGUCAGGGAGACGAUGCCGAGGAGGACAAAAAUGGUUUCUUCAACAUCUUCAAUUUCUUCGGAGGACAAGAAGACUCGGUGGAAGAUGGUAUGAGUCCGGAAGGUGGUUCGGAGGAAAAAAUGCAAGGCGGAAAUGCGACCGAAGUAUUAACCGAUGGGACGAAGGCUGAAGAUGGAGGAAUAAAUGUUGCAGGAAAUAACCAGAGCUCUGUGGCGGAACUCUCGCAAAACGCUACAGUCGAGGGGGAAGCCCAGCAGGAUUCGAAGGGCGAGGGAGAGGCUUCCGCGAGCAGCAGUGCGGCCAAGGCUGAGGACGACGUCAGUAAGGUGCCUUCGGAGGUACAACCGAGCAUCGCGCCAGACGUCGAAAAGGCGGUUGUGGAAGGUAGCGACGUCGGAACAACAAAGACGGACGCUGAGCAAAUUGCAGAACCAGAUAAUGGUUCUACGAAAGUCGAUGCAGAGAUUGAAAACAGGGACAGAACUUCCCAAUCAGGGGACAGAACUUCCCAAACAAGAGAACGAACUUCCCAAUCAAGGGACAGAACUUUCCAAUCAAGGGACAGAACAACAAGAGAGAGACCGAACUUCCCAGAGAAGAGGACGCUGAACUUCCCAAACACAGAGGACCGACUUCCCAACCACACGGACGUCAUCGAGGAUUCCAUAGGACGUCUGGGAGACCUCAUAGGAGGAAUCCGAGACGUGGUGGAAGUGCUGAAGAAGACCAAAGACACUCCUCCUGUAAGCGAAGGAGGAGAGGACCCCCAGCAGCAGCAAGUAGGAGGCGCCGCAGGGAACCUCACCAGCGCGAAACACGAAGCCCUGAAGCCCGGAGGGAAGCUCCACGGCCACAUCAGCGAACUCCUGAUGUUGACGGGGCACCUGACGGACCUCCUCCGCGAGUCUCAGAAGGGAAAGGAGGAACAGGAUAAACUCCAGACGAAGGACAGCACCGAAGGAUUCCUACAACCUGCCAGCGUGAGUCAAGGCACCGAAGCCCAGGACAAGCAAAUGGGCGAACCAAUUGCAUCUCCAGCGAACCCGGACGAACCAAUAGCCCCUCAUACGAACCCGGACCAGAUGAAGAUUCUCGAAGUCACACCAAUGGAAACAGAGACACAGGACGAGAAUAAACAGGUUCUCGAAACGGUCCCUGAAACUCUCGCACCGUCAGACGUCAAGGAGAACCCGGUGAACCAGACGCAAGAACCGGCGGACUUGCUGGACCCAAGAUACCCAUCAGAUGAAGCAGGAACAUCAGAUACAGUUAAAAGAGCCUCAGGAUCCACAGAACGAGAACCAGUUGCAAAUUUACUCGAACGGGAUGGACCGUACGUAGAACCGGCAGCUGCGGUUCAAGUGCAAGAAGGUGAGAGAGUAGAUCCAUCUAAAAUACAGGAAAUAACGGGUGAAAUACAAGAAACGGGAACAUUGCAAGAACAAAUGCAUGAACGAGUAGAACCAGUGGCUAUAAUACAAGAAGGUGAACGACUUGAACCGGUAGAUGCAUAUAAACAAGAAGCAGCAACAAAUACAUUACAGGAACAAGCGAGUGAUCUCGUAGAACCAGUAGCCAUACAGCAAGAAGGGGAACGAGUAGAACCGGUAAAUACAUUGCAGGAACAAGCCGGUGAACAGAUGAAACCCAUCAGUAUGUUAGAAAAACAGGGUGAACCGAUGCAACCUGUUGAACCGGAAAACACAUUGCAAGAACAAGCAGAUAAACCCGUAGAACCAGCAGGCGUGAUUCAAGAAGUGAGCCGAGUAGAACCAAUAGUAGAUGGAAUACAAGGAGGCGAACCAGCAGAACAAGUGAACACGUUACAAGAACAAACAGGUGAACAUCUAGAACCGGGAAAUACAGUACAGGAGGAAACAGGUGUGCGAAGCCAAUCAACAGAUGCAUUACAAAGAGAAGCAGGUGAGUUGAGAGAACCGGUGAAUGCAGCGCUAGAACCCGCAUCCGAGAGACUAGAACCAGCAAAUGAAUUCCAAGAACCACCCAACGAGAGAACAGAGCCAGUUCCCGCAGCGCAAGAACCGACAACAAACGCUGAAGAACCAAAGUACCAGAACCGCGAACCAGUCUCCGAAGGGAAUGGAGAUCAAGUAGACAACGUGCAUAACAUGUUGACGAACCUCAAGAACAUGGUUCACGGUCUGCACUCCCGCCUUGACAACAUCCCCACCAAGAACCAGGGGAACGCCACGAGUGAACCGGGGGAGAACCGGCUAAGCGGAGGCAGAUUUUCCGAACAACCCACAGACGAACCAGGUAGACGAGCCGCUUCGACCACAGAGCCACUACCUUGAACCGGAGAACCAGCGUCUAGAAAUAGAGAACCCACAUGAAAAACAAGGCAUAGAACAAGAGAAUAAUGGAAUUGACGGAGAUCUGAUGAAAGUAGGAGGAGGAGGAGAAGGAGGAGAGAAAGGAAG